AUGGUGAACACGGGAAAGCCAUCUGGAGGCUGCAAACUAUGCCGAGCCAGGAGAAUCAAGUGUGAUGAGGGGAAGCCGUUCUGCAUGAGAUGCAAGAAGUCUAGGCGCCAAUGUCCAGGUUACCGGGAUCCUUUUGAGGCCAACAUUCGCGACGAGACCGAAGCGACGAUCAAGAGAUUCAAGAAGUCGAGAGGAGAGGACAGUUCCGAGGACGAAGGCAAGGGACUGUCGCCAGUGUGCAACAAGCAGUGCUUGACUUCGGUGGCCGGCCCAAAAUACAAAACGUUCGACUACUCGAAUCCCGCAGCUUUUCCCUUCCGCGCCGACGACGACUCUACCGAAGAAGAUGAUGACAUCCCCGCGUCUUUGUUUGAUUCCCUGGACGAACAGGCAUCCUGCUACUUCUUGUCGGAGUUCAUCAUCGUCCCCUUCACGCCUACAGCCAGGGGCUACUACCGCUUUCUACCUCGAUUUCUGAGUCGGCCAAACGUAUCCAAAUGCCUCUCGCAAGCUUAUAAGGCCGUGUCCCUGGCUGCUCUGGCAAGUCGUCGCACCGUAAACGCGAAUUCAGCUUUGUUCCAUGCCCAGAACCAUUAUAUGCGGGCUGUCAGGGCCGUUAACAAGGCUAUCAUGGAUCCCGAAGAGGUCAAGAGCGAUCAGACUCUAGGUGCUGUACUGAUGUUGGCUUUCUACGAGAUUCUGACUUCUUCUCGGGGUUCCAUCGCCGAGUACACGAAUCAUAUGAAGGGCGCAGCCAUCAUUGUGAAGCUCAGGGGGCAGAAAGGCCUCGAAACACCUGAAGGCGAGGAGAUGUUCGCCAUUACUCGCAACCAGUGCCUUUCUAUUCACUGUCUGCCUAAUUCCCCAGAAGUAGCCGAGUUCACAUGGCUUCUUCACCACGAAUGCCGUGGCCGCAUGCAACACGCCAUUGCCAGCAUGGAUAUCCAGAGCAGCCAGAUCAGACAAGACGUCGACCGAAUCAUGGGACUCGGAGAUCGUAAGCCGGAGACGAUCCAAAAGGUCCUGGAUGCGCUGAAGCGUGCCCAGGCACUCGAGGCCAAGUUCAAGAAGCUCAACAACGACCCAAGUCCGCAGUGGAAGGUCGACACGGUCGACUGGAUCCCGGAGCGUCUCGAUGAAGAAUUGGACACUGCACAAACAUUCGCCGGCCCCGUGUACGGCUUCUUCAACCUCCCUCUGGCCGUCCUCCACGUCGCCACGUGGUGCUGCCACCUCAUGCUCACAACCACCAUCCUGCGGUGCAUGGCUUGGCUGGUGUCACCCGAUGACUACCGCAUGGGGGAGGAGUACGAAGAGCUGAAGCGCUCUGCGAUUCUCCGUAUCGAAGACACCAUCGCUUCGGCGCCGUUCUUCUGCAAAUGGAACGGCUACGGUGUCGUGGUCGCCCAAUUUCCCUGCGGUAACACCAAGCCGGACGACCCGUUGAAGGGCGCCGCCGGUCUGAUGAUCCUGUGGCCGCUCGUCACCGCUUACACCAGCGAUUUUGCGACUCCGCGGCAGAAGCGUUUCCUGAGGGGACGUCUCAGAUAUUUGGCCGACAUCGCCGGCAUCAAACAAGCCAACGUCUUUCUUAACAUGCACAUGGAAGACGUCUCCUCUCCAUCGAAAGAAAUCGAACGCGAUCGAAAGCAAGGCGUCCACUCGCCCUCGGACGGCCUGGACAAACUUCGCACCCUUCCGUUGUGA